GCAACUGUCUGCAACAGCCCGUCAUCUGCCCAGGACUAUUUAUCAGUAUUUACUUCUGCGACCAGCCUGGCGCAUCUCCCUCAUCCUCCCCAUCGCCGAUCGCCAAUUGGGACUCGACGCCGGCAUAGCUUCGUUUGGAAGCUUCCUGAUUCAAUUACUCGUUCGGACUCCCUUUGAUCGAUUCCCUCGACGCGAGUUCCAUCAUGGCUGCCAAGAUCAUCGUGCUAGGGAGCGUCAAUGGCAAGCUCGAGCUUGCGUUUCAGAAGCUCGCCACUCUCCAGCAGAAGCAGAACUUUUCUUUUGCUCUCAUCACCGGUAACCUUUUCGACGCCGACCAGGAUGACGAUACUGUCUCGCGAUUGCUUAGCGGCGGCAUCGCAGUCCCGGUCUCGACCUAUUUUACCGUGGGCACGAUUCCGUUACCGGACCGCGUAGUUGAGCGGGUCGAAAAGGGCGAGGAUGUCUGCGAGAAUCUUCACUUCCUCGGCAAGCGUAGCAUAACGAAAACAUCGGACGGGGUUCGGAUUGUGACACUAGGCGGUGCUCUCGACAAGUCCACCAGCGGCCAAUCCAACGAACAGCAUAUUCCUCUACACACGGCCGAAGACGCCAAGAUAUUGCGUGGCGCGAAUGCCACCGACGUACUACUCACUACAUGCUGGCCCUCUGGAGUGUGGGCCAACUCGAGUACAAACCUCUCAUCCGAAGACCACGCCUCAAUCCUCAGCACCAACGAGAUCGCUGAAUUAUGUGCCACCAUCAGGCCCCGUUAUCACUUCUCAAUGUCAUCUACCGACUUUUUCUACGAGCGUGAGCCAUUCUUUCAUCCGCCGAGUAGUCCCGAUUCUGAUGAGACUCCCGUCACACGAUUCAUCUCACUCGCCCGUUUCGGCAAUGCGGCGAAAGCCAAGGCCAUGUAUGCAUUCAACAUCGUACCUGGGGAACCCUCCUCCUCUAUUCCAACCGGUAGCACUGUGUCGCCAUUUUUGUCCUACUCAAACCCGAGGAAGCGGCCUGCUCCUGCCGAUGGCCAUUUCCGUCGCUACGCCGACGACCACGAUCACCAAGGCAGUGGUCGUCGCAUGCGUCGCCGUAGAGAUCGGUCACCCCCUCCGGGCCCUGAUAAGUGCUUCUUCUGCUUGAGCAAUACAGACGUGGACACACACAUGAUCUGCUCUAUAGGAGAGGAGUCCUACGUCACCACAGCAAAAGGGCCGUUGCCUAGUUCUAACACGUAUGCCUCGUCCGGGCUCACUUUUCCCGGCCACCAGCUUAUCAUACCGCUUCCUCACGAAGCCACCCUUCGCGCGAUGGGCGCAGAUGCGAACAAGACGUAUCAGGAGAUGUGGCGCUUCAAAGAGUCCAUGCAAGCCAUGAUUGCGACGAAAUCAGAUUACAAAUUGGGCGCCGUAACAUUUGAAAUCAGUCGGCAAUCUGGCAUUCACGUCCAUUGGCAAUUCAUCCCCGUCCCCUCGGAGCUUAUUCGAAAAGGUCUGGUCGAGGCUGGCUUCAAAGUCGAGGCCGAAAACCGCCAAUUCCCACCUUUUGUAGAGGGCGCUCUCGAGUCUGCGGUCGACGAAGGGUCCGACUUCUUCCGGCUCUGGAUAUGGUCUGAUGAUAGCGACACCGGCAUCCAGAGCAAGGAGCUCAUCAUGCGCUUUGAUGGCAGCAUACGUUUCGAUCUUCAGUUCGGUCGUCGAGUGGUCGCAAAGCUUCUCGGACUCGAAGACCGACUGCACUGGCGGGACGUUGUCGAGUCUAUCGCGGAGGAGACCCAGGAUGUCGAGAGGUUCAAAGAAGCCUUCAAACCCUGGGACUUCACAUCGACGUAACUUUUGAUGCCCUUUGUUGGAAUCGGCGUUGGGCGGCUCGGAAAAGUACUUGAUACCCCCUUCUAUUUUUAUCUGCUUUCACGAGCUUUAGACAGAAGUCUUACACAUAGAUUCCACCUACGUUGCUUUCCAGGUUGACGGAUGGGCUUUUUAUUCGGCUUCAUGCCGUGAAGGGGAGGUUGAGUGGACGUAUGGCCGCGCAUCUAUCGAGAUGAAUCGCCGCUAUUUCAUC